CACCUGGCCUCUGAGCGGAAACCUCGCCCCUGGCAACAAAGGCAGCCGCGCGCCCGCCGCACGUUUGCAACUCAAAAAUGCAGUCCCAACAGUACCUGCAGCAGCGUCAAAAGUUUGCGGCUGCCGUCCUGGCAUUCAUUUUCAUUUUGGCAACUGUGGAGACUGCUGAAGCAGGGAAGAAAGAGAAGCCAGAAAAAAAAGUGAAGAAGUCUGACUGUGGAGAAUGGCAGUGGAGCGUGUGUGUGCCCAGCAGUUGGGAUUGCGGGCUGGGCACCCGGGAGGGCACCCGGACUGGAGCUGAGUGCAAACAAACCAUGAAGACCCAGAGGUGUAAGAUCCCUUGCAACUGGAAAAAGCAAUUUGGUGCUGAGUGCAAAUACCAGUUCCAGGCCUGGGGAGAAUGUGACCUCAACACCGCCUUGAAGACCAGAACUGGAAGUCUGAAGCGAGCCCUCCACAACGCUGACUGCCAGAAGACAGUCACCAUUUCCAAGCCCUGAGGCAAACUG